AUGCCUCCUGCAACUCUACCUAAAUCUAAUACUCCUAUAAGUGCAUUAUCAUCAGUGACAACAAAUACUACUACAAUGGCUGUUCAAAGUGGUCCUUAUACAAAAACUCAAUUUCAAAGUACAAUGGAAGGUUCUCGAACAAUAAAAAGUUCAAAAGAAGUUGAACAACUUCUUCGUGAUUAUCCAGCUGCAUUAGAACUUUAUCGAACAGGAAAAUAUAAAGUUAAAGUUAAAUGUGAAGCUGAUGUUGAACGUGUUAUUCUUGUUGAAAAACGAUCACCAAAAGCUCCAGCAAAUAAAGAAACAACAGCAACAACAUCAGAUACAUCAACAAAAAAUACAACAACAAAUGAAGCUUCAGAAAAUAAUCAAACAGUUCCGGAUCUUUCAAGUAGUAGAGAACAAAGUAAAGAGACUAGAAAAGAUCGAAGUCCAAGACGAUCACGUAGUCGUACGCAUUCACAAGAUCGUGUUGCACCAAUAAAAUCAAUAACAAAUGGUGGUAAUAUUGUUCAUACAACAAUAUCUUCAAUUCGUAUGACAAGUAAUACUCAACCAAAAGUUGAUCAUCAACGAACACAUUCCAAAGAACGUGAAGCUUCUGUAACACCACAACAAAAACAAUUUGUUCAUGGUCGUAGUCAUUCACGUGAUAGUCAACAUAAGACAUCGUAUAACAAACAACAACAACAACAACAAGGCAAUAAAAUAAAUAGAGAAUAUCCAAAAAUGUUGGUACCUUUUGUUGGUAAUACAAACAAUCCAGGAAAUCUAUGGCAACAACAACGACCUCAACAACCUUAUUUUAGUAAUCCUUUAUUACAACAACAACGAUCAGCUUUAUAUAUGGCAUCACCAUUUAUUCAACAACAAAAUCCACUCUAUCGACAACCUUUUUAUUAUGGUCAACAACCAUCUGCUCCUCAUGGUGUCUUUCAACAAGACCAACGACCUCCUUAUCCAGCACUAACAAUAUCAACAGUAGGUAAAGCACCACUUCAUCCAAAUAAUAAUUAUUCAUCAUCAUCUCGAUCCGUAUCUAAUACUAUGGGACUUCCACCAUCUUUUCGUACAUUUCAUUCCAAUCAACAGCCACCACAGCAACAACAUCCAUCUCUUCGUCAUAUAUAUCAAACACAAGCACCCGUAGUAUCUUUUAAUCCUCAAUGGGCAAAUAUAGCAAAUCAACCGAUAGGUGCCUUAACUAAUACUACUAAUAAUAAUAAUAUGUAUGUUAAUCAAAAACGAGGUGCAAGAGAUCGAGCUCGUAGUGUUGAUACAGGUGGUCAUCGUAAUCUACCAGUUCGUUUAUCUAAUUUUCAACAACAACAACCACCUGUUCCAGUUAUGGAAAAUAAAUAUCAUUAUCAUCAUCAUCGUCAUCGAUCACAUACAACACAUAAUGCUGAUACAACAGUAACAAAUAAUAAAGAACAAGCUGUUGUAGCCAAAGAACCAUCUCAUGUAGGUAACGGUGAGAAACUAACCGUUCGUCAACUUAAUGAAACUUUUAUUCAAACAAAUCCAUCAGGUCGAUUACCCUAUAGUUCAAUACCUGCAGUUUUACAACGUUUUGGUAUAACAUUAACAGAAAAUGAUGUAACUUCAGCUGCAAAAGAACUUGGAUAUAAUUUAAAUGAAACAAUAUCUGCUCGACGUCUUGUUCACAUUUUGGUUAAAUUAGGUAAAAUAACAAAAUCAAAUCAGCAGCAACAUCAACAACAACAACAGCCACAACGACAACCUGUUUCACCAUCAAUGUUACCUGAAGAUCGUGAAGUUACAGAUAUAAUGACACAACAUAAAGCAGCAACUACUCAUAACAAUUCAUCUGAUCAACCUAAUCAAUGGAAUUAA